AAUCUGCGACUUUAUCAGUCAUUUAGAACGGCAUCAUUUGUUUCGCACAAUCAGUUACCUCCAGUCGUGAUCUGUGAUAAGUGGAGGUUAAAUAUUUAAGUGGCUCAGGUACAGCAGAUCUGUAGUCGAAGACAGAAUUUGCUAACAUUGAUAUAAUAAUAACCAGUUCUUAGCGGCAAUUCAUUGAAUUUUGCACUAGUGCUUAUUUUAAUUAAGUUAGUUUCAAAACAUUACCGUUCAUAACCGGUUCGUUGUUCUUGAAUACGUCAUAAUAAUUGGAGCUAUGCCGGCAGUCGACGUAAAUCAGGAUCUUCAGCAUGAGCGCAGCAAAUGCUCUUUCAAUCAGAAAGAGUUCACUCUCUGGUGGGUAGGAGGAAAAGAUGAACUGGAUAAGAAGAGAUUUAUGGAAAACUACUACGUCAACGAGCCGGAAUUUCACGAUGAAGUCCCAUUGUACUACGCCUCACACAAAGAAUUGUACGAACAAACGAUUCGUAAAGCGACGACAAUUUUCACCAAAGUAAGGAAAUUUCUUCAAGAACAAGGAAAAUACGAUGCUAAAAAUUAUGUUAAAUACGUUGACGCACUGCUGGGAACUGGCGUUAUGAAGGAUUCCAGUCCCUUGAGGCUCCACUUUGUGAUGUUCAUCCCAGCGAUUAUUGGUCAAGGGACACCGGAACAGCAGGCAAAGUGGCUCGAUAAAGCACUUAACUGUGAAAUACUUGGAACGUACGCUCAGACUGAACUGGGACACGGGACUUUUCUGCGUGGAUUGGAAACUACGGCUACCUUCGACGAACGAACCGAUGAAAUCGUGCUCAACAGCCCAACAUUGACUGCCUAUAAAUGGUGGCCGGGUUCUUUGGGUCAAACCGUGAACUACUGUAUUGUAAUGGCUCAGUUGUACUCCAAUGGUAAGUGUCAUGGCGUUCAUGCGUUUAUGGUACAGGUUCGAGAUGAGGACACUCAUAUGCCGCUUCCUGGUUUGGAAAUUGGAGAUAUCGGUCAUAAAAUGGGUUUCAAAGGAGUCAACAAUGGUUUUCUUGGUUUCAAGAACUACCGAAUCCCCAGAAGCAACAUGCUCAUGCGCAAUGCCCAACUGCAAAGGGAUGGAACCUAUUUGAAACCAGUUACACCGGUACUGACAUACGGUACCAUGGUGUUCGUGCGUGUGCUCAUCGUCCGUGGAAUGGCUAGCGACUUGGCCAAGUCGGCUACGAUUGCAGUGAGAUAUUCAUCUGUUCGUCGCCAGAGUGUGAUUAAUCCAGACCAACCAGAAGUGCAAAUAAUUGACCACCUGACUCAACAAGGAAAACUGUUGCCGCAAAUUGCCAAAGCGAUCGCCCUGAAAUUAACUGCCGAAAAUCUAUGGAAAAUGUACCAGGAAACGACUUCGGAACUGAAUUCGGGUAAACUGGAUCGUUUGCCUGAACUUCAUGCCAUCGCUUGUUGUUUGAAAGCCGUCUCUACAACCGAUGCUGCAAAGGGAAUCGAGGUGUGUCGGUUGGCUUGCGGAGGUCACGGAUAUCUAUCCAGUGCUAAUUUCAUGAGUUUCUAUACCGUGGCAAUGGCUGCUUCAACGUACGAGGGCGAGAACACUGUGCUAUUGCUGCAGACGGCUAGGUAUCUUAUUAAAAUGUGGAACCAAGCGUCGAAAGGAAAGAAACUGGUACCGACGGUUGAAUAUUUAGCUAAAUUCGUUGGAAAGCCCACUAAACGACAGCCUUGGAGUGAAUCAAUACCGGUAAUCAUAGCGGCCUUUCAAACGAUUACGGCUAAUCGAUUGAAGCAAGCAAACGCACGUAUUGAGCAACGAAAACGUGGAGGAUCUACGCCGGAAGAAGCCACCAAUCUAACCGCAUUAGAGCUGGUACGGGUUGCCGAGCUUCAUGGUCGUGGAUUUGUGUUGCAGUCUACCUAUGAAAUGGUUGAACUUGCCUGUCAGACUUGUUCUUCUGAACUGGCAACGGUGUUGCGAAAUUUGUGCAAGCUAGUGGUAUACGAUGAAGCUUUGAAGUUUUCCGGAGACUUGUUGAGGUUUACAACCAUUUCGGAGACGGGCCUCGUACAACUGCAGCAAAAAUACGAAACCAUUCUGGCCGCGAUUCGUCCGAAUGCUGUUGGGAUUGUGGAUGCUUUCGACUAUCCCGAUUACGUGUUGGGUUCUGCCCUCGGAGCAUUCGAUGGAAAUGUGUAUCAGCGUUUGUACGACGAAGCCCUGAAGAGCCCUUUGAAUCAGGAACCGGUAAACAAAACUUUCGAACUGUACUUGAAGCCCCUGAUGCGAUCGAAACUGUGAUUGGAAUCGGAUCAGGAAAUCAGAAAGAUUGCACGUAUUCAUGUAUAACGACACACUGCGUUAGUUCUACUGUGCGAUGUUUUUUAAUUGAUUGUGAUUAUAUUUGAUUAAAUUUGGUGUUUUUCUUUGAA